AUGGUUAGUCUGUCUUUUCUGCUCCACGUUGUCCUGGCUACUUUACUUGGGUGCAAACUACAGGCACAGGAUGAGGCUAUCACAGAAAUGGACAUGCAGCUGGCCAAUCGGACUGCAUAUCCCACAGUGAAAUCAGAAGGUGCUCUAAUACUGAGCUCACCUGCAGGAGAAAUAGUGGAGGAAACAGUCCUAUCCACAGGUACCCGCUGCCAGGGUUAUUUUGAUGUGAUGGGCCAGUGGGACCCACCCUUUAAUUGCAAUGCAGGUAUCUUUCUGUACUGUUGUGGUACCUGUUUUUACCGGUUUUGCUGCCAGUUCCAUCAGCAACGUCUGGACCAGACUUCAUGUUCCAACUACGAUACACCAAUCUGGGCCAACACGGGUAAACCUGUGGAUACUAUCACUGAGGUGCAGUCAGAGCAUGAAAGAGAUCGCACACAAAUUAUCGUUUACAUAAUCUGUGGUGUGGUGGCCAUCAUGGUUCUAGUAGGCAUCUUCACCAAACUGGGUUUGGAGAGAAGCCGAGGUGGACAAAAUGACGUCACCAACUCAAGGACUCUGCAGGAGCUACUGAAACAGCCAAGUGGUGAUGUGAGUUCUGUAGAUGGAACGAGUAGCAGCAGCACCAACAUUGGAGGCAAUGGUAUAUCACCACGGAUAUUACGCAGCCGCAGCGAGCAAUAUCAUCUCAGCACCACAGCAUUCAGGCCGGUGGUUGGACUUCCACAAAGCAACAGCAGUCUGCCUGGCCUUACACACAAGAAGUAUUCCUCACUGAAGGCUGUUGCAGACACAGCCAGUAGAGGUUACUAUAAAAGCUAUCCACUCAUGGACUUCUCUCAAAACCAAACUCUUCCUGUACCAUUUCAACCCAUCCCAGUGCACCAAAAAGACAAGUCCUAUUUCCAUCAAGACAAGCCCUGCAUGCACCAGCCUCUGCCUUCCUAUAAUGUCGACUCUGCUCUUUCAAUUUCCAUCCCCACCAGUCGACUGGAGAGGAGCUGUAUUCAAAAGACCAGAAACCAUCCCUUACACUUAAGCUCAAGCUUCACAGUAUGCGACACUGCACCCCGACACGUCCUUCGGCAGACCUCACACCCUGGACACCCUAGUCGGCAGACCUAUUCCAGCAGAAGGCAAUACAGCAUAGAGAUGCUUCCUGAGCUUUUCUCGCAGCCUACAACCUAUGAAGGACCUCCGUCCUACUCUCACAAACACAAGAGCUUUCAAACCAACAGCAAAACAGAAGUCACGGUAUAAGAGUAUUCAGCUGCUGUUUUUAUUUAUGGACAGAAAAAUUAUAUGGCUCUUGUAUCACAGCUGAUAAGCUUUCCAUCAGGUUCCUAUAGUAGUUCCUGAGUAGUUUAGUCUAACCUCUGGUCUCCAUGUCUCUGA